AUUUGUAGUUACAAUUUUAAAGUGUAAUUUUUUGAACCAACCAAAUUUCAUGUGCAUAGCUUAUACAUACAUGUGCACCAAUAAUCCAGCCAAGACCAGAGCCAGGAAACGUGGAUGCCAUCAUGCUAAUCUCAUAGCCAUUGGAUAUUUCAUUGUUCUGCUUGCAUUGAUUGAGCCUGUUCUGGUUGAAGGGGAUGGAGACCUGUUGGGGCAUGGCACCACCCACGAACAGUUGGGCCAGAGGCAUUUUCCACCCGUGGAUUUGACACCGUACUCGUCCACAGUGCACUAUUCCGCCGAUAGGAAUCGCUCCAGUUGGGCAAUCACACCCGUCUUUAAUUUCACACAUUGUCUAUUCGACGCCUUUGUGAGCAGUAAUUCAGCCCUGCCGCCGGGCUAUUUGUCGGUUAAGAAUGGGGAUACUUUGGCCCUGGGUCCCAAGGUGGAGAAGAACGAUUGGAGCGCACUCUUGGCACAUUAUUGGCUGGCCUUAGUUUGGGUCUUCUUCCUGGUGCUUCUCAUAUUUCUCAUGCCGUUCAUUGGUGUGUGUUAUUGUUGCUUCUGUUGCUGUCGUCGUUGCAAGAAGGGAUGUCCGCCAUGCCAGGCCAAAGAGGAUUCCUGCCGCAACAUGGUUUGCAGCAUGCUCCUGCUGCUGCUCAUCCUGUUUAUGCUGCUUGGCGCCAUCAUUGCCUUCACAUCGAACCGAACUCUGGAUCGUGGCCUGGACGACACCCGAGUUACAGUGAGGCGUGGUACCGAGGACACUUGUCGCUUUUUAAAGGACGUCAGCGAUCACAUUCAUCACAUCUUCAUCCACAACUAUGAGGAGCUAGAGGCUCAUAUCAAUGAUAUGCUAACUAAUGCUCAUUUGCAUAUAUUCUUGGACUUGGCCGAUGUCUCCGAGGCAAAUGCCAUCGAGCAAUUGGAACGCAUCAUGGAUAACAUGAAGGAAGCCACAGUGUUGAUGAGACGGGUGGACAAACUGGAGAAGGAUUUGCGUUUCUAUGGCACUCAGCUGCGAGACGGUGUCCGUGGCGCCAAGCGGGAUGUGAACUAUGCCUGCGCCAAUUUGAUUAGCCAUGAAAAGUGCCAGAGUUUCCUAAGGAACUCAGCGAUGGAGUUCGUUGAUGCCUCUCCCUGCCUGCAUCUGGAUAAGAUGCCGAACACGACUGUAUUUGUGGAUGGCAUGCGGAGUAUAAUCCUGGAGAUGCAAAACGUUGAGAUACCCAAAAAGGCGCUGCAGCGUUUUCAGGAGAUUGGCGUCAAAAUCCAUACGGUCCUGCAACAGGUCAUUCCGCCGCUGGUGCGCGAUGUGACCAAGGGACGGAAGGAGUUUGAGACCCGGUCCGGUCAGAUACGCACCCUCAUCGAUAAGGUCAUCAGUGACAUACAUAUGAGGACCUUACGCUCUACGCAAUCCUUUGAGGAUGUUUACGAAAAGUUCGGCUCCGGUCGCAGCUAUGUCAAUGCCUUUGCCUCUAUAUUGAUUAUAACGGUUGCAAUUAUUGUGAUAGUUGCGCUGAUCUGCAGUUGCUGUGGCAGACUGGCAGUUGGCGCCACAUGUUUGUUAAUCGCCAUCAUCUUUAUAUUCUGCAUCUUCUCGUUUUGUGUGCUCCUUGGAUUGUUCUACUUUGUGCUGGGCAUGGUGACGUAUCAGGGCGCCUGUGCUCCACUCCGAGAUCAGGGUGGCAAUGCCAUGUUUCGCGAACUGGACGCAGCCAUCAAUCUGAGGCACUUUCUGCCACAGAUAAAGGGCGAAAAGUCGCAGCCGGCGUUGCGUAUGUCGACGGCCAUCAAAGGUUGCAUGGCGAAUCAGUCGAUCUUUGAUCUGUUGCUGGUGAACAAUCUGUACGAUGCUGAGGAUCUGACAAAUAUUAUGAUCAUGAGCCAAAAGACGGACGAGGAGCAAAAGGAAGAGAUGUUUGAUGAGGAUCUGUGGAGGUGUUCCUCCUAACCGAAGAGGAGCUAACCCAAUUGAAUGGCACAGGUGCCGGUGAUUUGGGUCCAUAUCACAGCGUU